UCACAGCUCCAUCCGCGCGCUCAAAAGCUGGAGCGUCAGAGCGCACGAUGCUGGAGAGCUGAAACAGGAGAGGCUCAGAGAGGAGAGAGCAGAGAAAAGUCUUCACUGCUGCAGGUGGAGGCAUCAAACCACCUUCCUCACGCAGCAGGACCAGAGUCUGCAGCGGUGAAAGUCGAGCACAGAAGCCGGGAGAAGACGGAGCGCCGGUCAGUCCACCUUCCUCCUCCUCCUCCUCUUCCUCAGUCCCCCAGAGGAGGAAAGAUUCCCCUAAACGCAGUGAGAGGCUCGGAUGAGGAGAUCCGGAGGGCGGAGGGCAUUGGAUAGCCAACACCGACCAUGGCAGCUUCAGACUUAUUGGACCCCAAAUCUGCCGCUCACAACACGAAGCCCCGCCUCUCCUUCUCCACAAAGCCAAUCACCCUGACUUCUCGGGAGGAAAACGAGGUGGUGGUGGUCACAGUGAUGAAGUGGAAAACAGUGACAGCCAUCUUCCUCCUGGUGGUUCUGUACCUGGUGAUUGGAGCAGCUGUCUUCAGGUCUCUGGAGCAGCCUCACGAGAGCGCCCAACGUUUGGCCAUCCUGACCCAGAAGCUGGAGUUCCUGUCCCAACAUACCUGUGUCAACCAGAGCCAGCUGGAGGAGCUCGUCAAGCAAGUUGUGUCUGCGAUGCGAUCCGGRGUGAACCCUGCAGGAUCCCUGAACAAUCACAGCAGCCUGUGGGACCUCAGUUCUGCCUUCUUCUUUGCUGGAACCGUCAUCACAACCAUCGGUUUUGGGAACACGUCUCCACACACUGAAGGUGGAAGAAUAUUCUGUAUCAUUUACGCUCUGCUGGGAAUACCUCUGUUCGGUUUCCUCUUGGCUGGUGUGGGAGAUCAGCUGGGCACCAUCUUUGGUAAAGGCAUUGCCAAAGUGGAGAAAAUGUUUGUGCGCUGGGACAUCAGUCAGACAAAGAUUCGGGUCAUCUCCACGCUGCUCUUUGUUCUCUUCGGCUGCUUGCUGUUCGUGGCUCUUCCAGCAGCCAUCUUCAAACACAUCGAGGGCUGGUCGGCGCUCGAGUCCCUUUACUUUGUCGUCAUCACCUUGACUACGAUUGGUUUUGGAGACUUUGUGGCAGGUGGCUCGGACAUACAGUAUCUGGACUAUUACAAACCAGUGGUCUGGUUCUGGAUUCUGGUGGGUCUGGCCUACUUUGCAGCUAUCCUCAGCAUGAUCGGAGACUGGCUUAGAGUCAUCUCCAGAAGGACAAAAGAAGAGGUGGGGGAGAUCCGAGCCCACGCAGCAGAGUGGACGGCUAAUGUUUCCGCAGAGUUCAAAGAAACACGGCGUCGCGUCAGCGUGGAGAUCUACGAUCGGUUCCARCGAGCCGCUUCGAUCAAACGCAAACUGUCCUCAGAGCUGGGAUUCAGCUCAGCGCCUGAGCUCACGCUGCCCAAGAGGACCAUGUCGGUCAACUUCACCGACGAACGGGAGAGGAACGAGAAGGAGAGCGGCCUGCUGGACCUGACCACACCGCUGGUCAGGAACGGAGGGCUGCUCAUGAAUGGCCUGGACCCUGAAAGAGGGGACCUCUUUACAAAAAYAUGAACGGCUUUUAUUUAUACGUCAAAAAGAGAUGAGCUGCACUUUGUGACUGAAGUGAAGUCAUUUUCACUCUUCUUWAUGGAAACAAGAGGUCAAUGUCUUGGAUCUGUUCUCUUCUUGUCCCGCAAA